AUGUCAUCCCAUACCGUUUCGAAGCGCACAGCCCGCCGUAGCAGCAUCCCAGAAGACGCAUACCCAGACCACUCUCCUCCCCGCUCCCGCUCAAUCUCGAAUUCUAGCCUCCAACCGCCCAACGCCCGCAUAACGCGCAAAGAUUACAUCCACCUCAAACUCGCCAACAAGCACCUCCGCGCAGAAGUCGCAAAGCAUAAGGAGAGCAGCAAGCGCCUCCUUUACCUACUUCUCCUCGCCCUCGUCGUCGUCAUUCUCAAUUUCAUCCUCAAACCGCCGCAUCUGCCCCCGCCUAUCUUCAACCUCCCGCUAUCCGCCAACCCAAAUCCAGACCCUACCUUCCGCCGAGGCGACUUGCUGGUCCCCGCGAAGCGGAUCCAGCUUUUCGAGCAGCUAGGCGAUCUAUAUGAGAACCUGACGCUGGCGCACUUUGGCUGGGUGCUGCAGAGUCCGUACAACGCGCUUAAUUUUGCUGCGGAUUUGCGGGAUAAUCUGGGCUUGGUGAGGGAAAAUGCGCACAUGGAGGCCGAGCGCGCAGAGUUUGAUACAUAUGUGACGGACUAUCUGAUGGCGCCGUGGCGGCCGGAGAGCCCGCUCUGCGCCCCGGGCACGCCUAGCUUGUUCCACCCCGAUGUGUGUGCGGAGGCGAUUAGGCGGUUUGAGAAGCAGGUUGAGUGUUUCAUGAAGAAUGAGUGUGUGCGUAACUGGCGGAGGGCGGUGAACAGUGGGAGUACGGUUCCUAGGAGGAAGAAGGCGUACCAUGAUGACUGGGAGAAGGAGGACGAUGAGUUAGCCGAGAUGCUGAGCCAGUGCAGGGAGAAGGAUAGGGCGAGGCCGGGCCGGUCGUGGGAGGUGCGGAAUGGGCAGUGGAAGGAUCCGUGUGUGGACGAGGAGAAGGCAUUGAAGGUUUUCAGGAGCGAGGGAAAGAAAGAGCUGUGA